GUUCGCGUGACGUCAUUUGGAGAAUCAAGGGUCUUGUCGUGAUCGAUGUAGUGAUUUCUUCAGCAAAUUUUCGACAAGAAGGAUCAAAUCUUAUCAGAGAGAAAACCUAGUGGUGUUCAAGAUGUCAGUCCCAGCUCCUCCCAGCUAUGAAGAUGCCACCACAGGGGGGUACGGUAAACCUGACCAGCCAGCCUACCCCCCUGGUAUGGGACCCCCUGCGAUGGGACCCCCCGGCAUGGGGCCUAACAUGGCCCCCUUCCCCCCUGCUCCAGGAGGCGCACCCUUCCCACCCCCCGUGAUGCCACGUGGUAUGCCCGGCGCAGGUGGUUUCCCCGCCAUGCAGCCCGGCUACCCACCGGCACAGGGUGGAUACCAGCAGCCCCCGUCCACGGCGUACGGGACCGUCCCCGGCGCAUACAACACCGUCUACAGCGACACCGUUCCCGAGACCCACGUACGGGACCCAGAGUCGUCUGGAUCUUCCGAUGAAAACUUUGCGAGCUCAGCUUUUAAUGACAAGGCCAUUCGCAGACAGUUUAUCAAGAAGGUAUACCUAGUACUGACUGCACAGCUGUUGGUCACCUUUGGAUUUGUUUGCAUCUUCAAAUUUGUGCCAGAAGUGCACCAGUUUGCUCGUGAGAACCCUGGACUGUACUGGGCAGGAUAUGCCGUGUUCAUCGUGACAUACUUUGCGUUGGUCUGCUGUCCGACUGUGCGCCGCAAGUACCCUAUGAACGUCAUCAUGCUCAGCCUAUUCACACUGGCCAUGUCCUACAUGGUGGGGAUAAUAACAAGCUACUAUGACAUCUACAGUGUGCUGAUGGCAGUUGGCAUCACCUGUGUAAGUUUAAUUUCACUUUGUGUGUUUUCUUGGGAGGGUGUGACUAAAAGACCACAUGAUGUGUUCUGCAUCACCUUCAAUCCCAGACCUCUCAUUGGUUGGACUGGUACCUCAGAUGGUAUGGGAGUAACCCCAUGCUGUAUUCUGUAUGUACUUAUAGUCAAGUUAGUCAAGAAAGAAUACCCUUAUAAUGAUUGUUCCUCUGUUCUACAGCUGGUUUGUUUUGGAGUGUCCCUCUUUGCCAUGCAGACCAAGUAUGACUUCACCGGCUGUGGAGGGUUCCUGUUUGUGGGUGUGCUGGUCCUCUUCAUCUUCGGCCUCAUCGCUCUCAUCACCUUCCCAUGGGUGCCGAUCCUGCAGACUGUGUAUGCUGGACUGGGAGCUCUGCUCUUUGCCCUGUUCCUGGCCUACGACACCCAGCUGGUUGUUGGCGGGAAGCGUCACGAGCUGAGCCCUGAGGAGUACAUCGCCGGCGCGCUGCAGCUGUACCUGGACAUCGUCUACAUCUUCCUCUUCAUCCUGCAGCUGGUCGGCAGCAGAGGUAACUAGACCACUGCGUCGCCACGGCAAUUUUUAAAAAACCCAUCCUUGUUUUGGACCUUGAGUCCUGUUUUGCUGGUAUGCUUCGAUACACAUCACUUCAAUAUAAAAGACACAAGAUCAACACAUCACCAUGCCUAUUUUUUUUUAAAUCCACCCUUGUUUAGACCUUCAGUCUUGUUUUGCUGAUCUGUGAGAACAGAUCACUUCGAUAUGAAAGACAUGAGACCAACACAUUGCCGUGCCAAUUUUUUAACGCACACCCUUGUUUUGGACCUUCAGUCCUGUUUUGCUGGUUUGCUUUGACAUACUGUAAGCAUAGAAGAUCACUUUCAAUAUGAAAAACACGAGAAAUGUUCAAGAUGAAUAUCUCUAACAGUUGUACUGUAAAUGUAUUUACUUUUGCGGUGGUUUUAUAUCAUGGUAGGAGGCGAAAUGAGGUUUUAAUUUGCGUUUGAAACAAUUUUGUACUUCUAUAUGUAAUCAUACAUUCAAACACAUAGUCGUGGUGUGAUAAAUUCCCAGAGGUCACCAAGAAAAAGGAGCAAAUAUGACCACCGCAAAAGUAUCCAGAUUUACAGAAGCACAGCUUGCAGUCGGUUUUCUAUCAUUUCUUGAUCCACAUUUAAGGACAUUGGGUGUUUUUUUCUUGAUUUAUUUAACUUUAUUUUUUUACUUGUUUAUGCAAUGCUGAGCAGUUUCAUGUAAGGGGUAGCAGGUAACUGAUUUUGUUUAGGGUGAUAUUUCUUCAUCUAAACACAGCUGUUUGCAAAACUUGCUGUUGUUCAUCAUGCAGUUAAACGAAGUGCAUAGAGUAAUCUUAUGACGUACAAUUUCAUAUUUUUGCCUCGCAUCAGACCUCCUUGUCUCUUUACGCAUGCCAAAUUGAAUUUUCAAAACUGACUUUCUGGCUUUUACUUAUAUAUAAUAACCAGAAAACUGAAACAAAAGUAUUUUUGAAAGUAACAGUGCUUGUAUAUGUCUUUUGCUUCAAGAAGUGUGGCUAAAAUACUAUGAUAUUAUUGGUGUUGACUGUAAUGCAUGGUUAGAGUGGAAGAUUCUACUACAUUUGGGUGUGUUUUCUGUGUGUUCCCCUUCCAUGCUGACCUAGGCGGUGGCGAGUAAAACCUUUCAGAACCUGGACACCCCUCGUGUUGAAAUGGAAUGAUCUCUGAAACUGAAAAAUAAGUCACUUGACCCAAGGAAGUCAAUAGACAUGAAUGCAAAAGGUAUCAUUGGGAAGAAGUCAAGAUGCUUUACUUGACAUAAUUUCUUUUUUUAUCCACCCUAUGCGAAAAUGGUUCCAAUCCAACUAACAAAUUUUCUUACUGUUAUCAUUUAAAGAUUAGGCCCCCCCCCCCCAAAAAAAAGUUUGGUAAAUGCAAAAGAUUGAUGAAUUUUAAGUUCCAUCUUUAACAAAGUGUGCAUGCUAGCCCUUGUUAACUGAAAGUCACUAACAAAAUGU